AUGGAUCAUCUGAUGCAAUUUAAUGUCGAUCUUCCGUCGAAGAUUCCAUGUCAUGUUAGUGGUUAUCAACUUGAGGUGGACAAAGAUACUGAUGAAGUAUACACCAAAAUUACUUUGAUGCCAGACUCCUCCAUGAAAACUGCAAUUCCUAUUCCCAAUAAUGUCAACCGUCGAUUCCCAGUAGUUCGUUCUUUUACAAAGGUCCUAACUACAUCAGAUACAAACGGACAUAGUGGAUUAUCUGUGCUGAGAAGACAUGCAACUGAAUGUCUUCCUCCGCUGGUAUAUGGACUUUUGUUUUUAACCGCAAAGAAUGCUAUUAAUUCCCCUUGUAUGUUCACUGUGGUCUAUAAGCCAAGGUCAAGCCAAUUUGUCAUCAGCUACGAAAAAUAUCUAGAUGCUGUGAACAAUAAGGUCAAUGUUGGCUCGAGAUUUAAAAUGCAUUUUGAGGGUGAAGAUUUAACUGAAAGAAGAUGCUUUGGGACAAUUAAGGAUGUCAAAGAUUACUCCCCUAAUUGGAAUGAUUCAAAAUGGCGAUCAGUUGAAGUACAAUGGGAAGAACAAGCCGUAAUUCCAAAAUCUAACAAGAUUUCACCUUGGGAAAUCGAGGAUUUAUUGCCUUCAACAAGUGUUUUCCAAUCAGCUUUGCUAAAAAACAAACGUCCCCGUCAAGAUAAUGAAAUUGGUUCAACAUCAUUGAAUCUAUGGACUCCGACAUUAACUCAAGGCCAAGAAAUUGGACAAUCGAGUAAGAGCUACCCAAUAAGUGUUGCUCAGCUUAGUUAUGAUAACUCAACUGAAGAUCCAAAGAUUCCUUCUGGUUGGCUAAUGAGCAGCUGCGAGGUGCAGAUGCAUGGUCUAAGUCUAUGCAGAGCGAUAGAUUUAACUGUUCUUGAUGGAUACAAUGCGUUGAUGAAAGAAUUGGACAAAAUCUUUGAUCUCAAAGGCGAGCUGUGUGCCGGCCAUUUAUGGGAAAUAGUCUAUAUAGACAAUGAAGGAGAUAUGAUGCUCGUCGGGGACGAUCCAUGGCCUGAGUUCUGCAACAUGGUGAAGAAACUAAUUUUAUGUUCAAAAGAGGAGGUUAAGAAAAUGAAGUCAGCAAACGAUUCUUCUGAAGGUGUUUAA